AUGGUACAUCAACUGGAAUGGCGUGAUGAGUUGCUGACGUGGGAACCAAACCAGUAUGGAAACAUCACCUCCAUUAUAACCAGUGGUUUCUGGAAACCGGAUGUUGUGAUUUACAACGGGUACAAUGAUUUCCAUGAUCUGAGAACGUCCACAGUUGACGGAAUUCUUCAAUUCGAUGGUAGCAUCCUCUGGGCGCCUGCUAGUACCUUCGAGACCCACUGCCCCGUGGACAUCACGUUUUACCCUUUCGAUAAACAAACAUGCUCUCUUCAUAUUAUGAGUUGGACCUACACCGCUAAGGAUUUAGAUCUAGUGACCACACAACAAUCAGUGGAUACACAGAAUUACAUUACAAAUGUGGAAUGGGAAAUCGAGCGGACGUCCGCAGAGCAAGUCGUUCUCAUCUACGACGCGUACGAUGGAGACUAUCCAACUCUGUUUUUCAACAUCACCUUGGCACGACGUCGGAUCUUCUUUUUGAUGAAUGUGCUAAUACCGGCCAUUUCCGAAUCUCUCCUAUGUAAUCUGGUUUUCCUGGUGCCAUCAGAAUCCGGAGAGAGAAUGUCCCUCGCCAUCACCGUCCUUCUGUCUUACGCCGUGUUCCUAGGGGUGACAAUGGAAUCUCUGCCUAGAUCGUCCGUCAACGUCUCAAUUAUGACUCUGUACAUGCUAGUUGUAUUGAUGCUCGGUACCCUGUCCGUGCUGCUGACUGGGUUCAGCCUCUACAUAUACCACCUUCCAGAGCCAGUCAGGGCGUUCCGUCGUCGACACGCCGUGCUGGAGAACGAUCCAAAAGAGAACGAAGUGGCCGAUUUGAACAAAGACCAACCAAAUAGGAACGGCUAUGUGAACGCCGAUCCAGAGAUCCACCGUUUUGUUCCGGAAGAGAGAGUUCUCUACGAUGCAAAGGAACAGUCCCGCCAGUUUGAUCGGAUCUGUCUUAAGCUGAUCCUGAGCCUGACUAUCAUAUCUGUCGCCUGUCUCCUCAUCGCUCUCACGUGGCAUGAUUAUUAAUGAUGUCAUGUGUGUAAGAAGUCAAGGACUCAUCGCCCUAAUCACUUGAUUGAUGGGAUCUCCUGGGGAGUGUUUUUCUAUGCUUUGAAAACGUAUCUGUGAACUAACAGAAAAAAGGGCCAACACUGUGUUUUCUGAUGAAUCAUGAUAGAAUAGAUUAUGUGUCUCUGUUACAACAUAGAUAUUAUUCGAACAGAAUACGUGUACUUUUGUUGACGUAAUCCAUGACAUUAUCUAUAAUAUAAUGGUAUGCUGCAGUGGUAAUACCUAAAGGAUACUGAUUUCUGUGUGCGAACACAAGAUAGGCCCAUUAUUUGACACAAGUAUAGCUCACUAAUAUGUAUAAA